AUGCUCUUGAUUCGCGCUCGAACCGUGGUGAAUCCUCUCCGCCGCAUAGCUAGAAUAUCGAGUGAAACAAAUCACUUCAAACGGGACCUCUCCAAACUCAGCUACUUCCACAAUCCCGGAAAAGAGCCGCUUCUGACGUGGACAGCGGGGGAUGUGAUUGACAGAGCGGCGGAUGUUUUCGGGGACACCACAGGCAUCGUGUACCCGCAUCAGAACAUCAGCAAGACGUACACAGAAUACAAAAAAGACGUAGAUCAACUAGCUGCAAGCCUGGUGUCGCUCAAACUUCCGGUGGGCUCCAGGGUUGCCAUACUUGCUCCGAGACUUUACGAAGGAGCACAGCUCCUUUAUGCGGCCUCCAAGGCGGGACUUGUUAUGGUUGGCAUUCACACAUUCUGCACGCUUUCUGAACUUGAAUUUUGCUUGAAUAAGACAGAGUGUGCGGCUCUGUUCUUUGGGGAAAAAUUUCUUAAUAACAAGUACUACGAGAUGUUGUUACAAAUUGCACCGGAACUGGAGAAGUCAUCGCCCAGGGAGCUGAACAUCCAAAGGCUGCCGUUCCUGAAACACGUCUUCACCAUCGGCAACGACCGGAUGCCCGGCACCAUCACUUUCAAUGACCUGAUGAAUUCUGCAACGGCUGAAGACCACGCCAUCAUGAACUCUUUUUCUGCCAAAGUGCAGUUCGACCAAGACGCUUUUAUCCAGUUUUCCUCAGGUACAACGGGGCAGCCGAAACCUGCACGAUUGUCUCACUUCAACGUUGUCAACAACGCCAACACUCUGGGCCGUUUUAUUGGAUACCAUCAAAAGCGUGAAAUCAUGUGCUUGAACGCAGAUCUGAUCUACGGAUUCGGCAGAACAUUGGGCGUGUUGGCUGCCACAAUGUUCGGUUCUACCGCAGUUAUACCUGGAGCUAGAUUUUCACCAAAAGCGACCCUGGAAACCAUCACCAACUACAGAUGCACGAUCGCCACUGGUUCAACCAGCAUAUUCUCCGAUAUAAUGCGUAAGCUUGAAGAAGGAUCAUACGACGUUUCUUCCGUUAGAAAAGCGAUCAUGUCCGGGUCAUUAUGUAAUCCUGCCAUUGUGGAAAAAGUAAGAACAAGGCUGAACGCUCAAGCUGUAUACAUCAUGUACGGUGCCACCGAGACCAGUCCGAUCUUCAGCAGCACGAACCCAGAUGAGCCAACAGAUCGCUGGAUUCGGACAAUUGGGACACCGCUGGACCACGUUGAGGUGAAGGUUGUGGAUGCCGAAGGCAGGAUUGUCCCCUUGAACACGAGGGGAGAGCUGUGCACCCGAGGUCCCCAUGUCUUCAAGGGCUAUCUCAACGAUGAGGACAAGACAAAUGAAGCCAUCCGAGACAACUGGUACCACACGGGGGACGAGGGAACAAUGGACGAGGAUGGUAGGCUUACAUUUGUGGGCCGCAUCAAAGAGAUGAUCAACUUCAUGGGUCUAAAAGUGCCGCCACUGGAGAUCGAGAACAUCCUGAACUCGCACCCCGCCGUGGAAGAGGCGCAGGUGUUUGGAGUACCGGACGAAGAGGUGGUUGAAAAGAUAUGUGUUUGGAUCAAAGCAAAGCCAGAUAGAACCUUAACCUCAGAAGACAUCAAAUCCUUUUGCAAGGACAAGAAGCUGCCGUGGUACAAGGUACCGGAAUAUGUGCUGUUCGUGGACUCUUUCCCGAGGACUCAGACCGGCAAAGUUCAGAAGCAUAAGAUGCGCGAAGAGAGCAAACGGCUCCUGAACUUGUGAAGAACAACCAUCGCUGGACAAAGACAUAUACAAUAUAUGCUUUGUAAAAGCCUAAUUCGACUCGCAUUAU